CCUGGCCCCAUCCGCGGGCUCUUUGGCAGGGCACCAUGGCAGCCUGGACGGAACUCGCGGAAGCGCGGUUGCGACGCCGAGUGAAAUCGGGGAAAGCCACCCCCAAAAAGACCACCCCGCCUCUCCCCGGAAAAUUGAUCGCUCGCUGCUUGUCAGAUGUAUCCAUUUUUUGAACAUUCGAGACAGAUAGGGUGUCGGAUUUAAAGCGACAAACCGGCCGGGAACCGUGCCCGAGUGACCCUGCACCCGGGUCCCCUUCCUUUUUUUUUCUCUUUCGUUCUUCUUGUUGCCUUCGUUUCCGACUCCUCUUCCUUCGUUUUCGUCAUCCCGGAGAAGCAAGCUAACAGCGGUCGCCCAUGGUCGCCCCGCAUCCGAGCUGAAGACGGACCUUGCCGUCUUCGCCGCCGUCUUCGCCGCCGAGCAAGCAAGCAAGCAAGCAAGCAAGCUGGAACGUCAUGGAGACCGCUUGGCACCCCGGCUAUGGGCCCCCUCCCGACCGCCGCUACGGACGACAGUUCCCGACGCUGCGCUUCUCGCUCAAGCUCGUCCAGGCCGCGUCGCGCUUUAUUGCGAUCCUCUUCGAGCUCGGCACCAUCUCCUUCAUCAGCUACAUCUACAACGUCUGGAGGUCGGAGCCGGGCGUCAAGGUCGAAGUCAUCUUCCCGUCCUUCUUCCCGGUCGUGGCCGCAGCGCUCGUGAACGCAUACGAGGUCAUAUCGCUGUGCUUCCUGGACCGCAAGUGGCCGGUCAAUCCCGUGGCGGCGUGUUUUGACAUCGCCUUCAUCGCCGUGGGCAUCUUCUGUUUUCUGAUUCUCGGAACCGUCGAUCACGGCAUCUACCGGCCAGCGGGCAGCGUGGUGGUGGUGUCGGGCUCGUCGGAGUGGGACGUCGACGUCAAUAAUGCCAUGAUCUUCAUGAUUGUCUUUACCAUCGUGCAUGUCUACCUGCUCCUCAUGGCGUGCGUCGGGUACAUAUACGUGUCGGUCCGCCGCAGCAGAGCCAAGAGGCUCAACCUGGUGGCGUGCAACCAGGCAGAAAUGGUCCACUUCAACGAGCGGCGGAGGACGGAGCUCUUCGCCCAGCACAUCAACACUGCAACCAACGACCGCACAUCAACACUGCAGCCAACCACCGCACAUCAACCCCAUCGCCACCACUCCCCAAGUCUCUCCCAUAUUAUGAACAACACGAUGAACAACAAGGACAAGAUGUCGGGCGUCACGGGCGUGGGCAAGACGGUCACGUCGACGGUCGGCAACACGGUCGGCGGGCUGACCAACACGGUCGGCGGCGUCGUCGGCGCCGCGUCGCGCGGCAUCGGCGAGACAGUCACGGGCGCCACCGGCGGCCUCGGCAAGCCCCUCGGCGACGGCAUCGCCAACAUCGGCUCCGGCCUCGAGGGCGGCGUCGCCUCCGUCUCCCAGGGCGUCAAGGACGCCGGCGAGUGGAAGUCGAACCCCUCGCACAAGUGAGAAAGGAUAAAGAAGCACCAAACACGAAAAAACUCUCGAGAAGACGGAUGGGCUGGAUUCGUCCACGGCACGGGGGGCUGGAGGGUAGUGUGUACAUGUAUGACGUUGGAGGCUGGAGGGUAGUGUGUACGUGUAUGAUGAUGGGGGCUGGAGGGUAGUGUGUACAUGUAUGGCGUUGAGGGCUGGAGGGUAGUGUGUACAUGUAUGACGUUGGACGGCUGG